AUGAAUGAAAGUGAGAAGAAAUCCGAGAAAAUCAUUUCAAGCGAUAAUUUAAGAGAACACGACAUUGCAGUUUCAGACGACAAACAAUACGCUUUUCAUGAAGGUCGCAAAGAUUACGCGUGCGACAGGUGUGAGAAGGUAUUUGGAAUAAAAUCGAAUUUGUUCUUACACCAGAAGAUAGUUCAUGAAAGUCGAAAAGAUUACGCAUGUGAGAAAUGCGAAAAGAAAUUUGGACUGAAAUCGAAUUUACUUGUACACCAAAAGACAGUUCACGAAGGUCGGAAAAAUUUUGCAUGCGACAAUUGUGUGAGGAAAUGUAGAAGUAAAUCAGAAUUGUUGAGACAUCAACAGGUAGUCCACGAGGGUCGUAAAGAUUUUGCAUGCGACUAUUGCAAGAAAAAAUUUACACAAAAAGCGAGUUUGUUUUUACACCAAAAGACAGUUCAUGAAGGUCGCAAAGAGUACGCCUGUCAUUGUUGCGAGAAUAAAUUUACACAAAAAUCGACUUUGCUCACCCACCUAAAGACAGUACAUAAUGGUCAGAAAGAUUACGCAUGCAAUAAAUGCGAGAAGAAAUUUGGACGUAACUCGCAUUUGCUUAGACACCAAAAAGUAAUCCACGAAGGUCGCAAAGAUUUUGCUUGCGAUGAUUGCGGGAAGAAAUUUGGAGAACGUAGCACUUUGAACAAACACCAAAAAAUAGUCCAUGAAAGUCGCAAAGAUGUGUGAAAAUAAACGUGGGGCUUCAUCAAAUUUGAGUUGACACGAAAAAAAGUCCGUAAAAUUCACAGAAACUAUCUAUUAGGCAAAUUUCGAAGUUCGUAACGAUUACGUACGUAUGUGAUUUUAUUUCUCUCAUUUGAUUUGCUUAAUAGGGCAACGUUUGUGCAUAUUCAUGUGUAAGUAAGAAUCAAUUUGACCGAUCAAAAACCAGUCGUUUACGGAAAACGCGAAGACUUUGGAUUUCCAAAAAAAAAAACUAAGAAAUUUUAACACAGGAAGAUUUGGAAAUGUUAUACUAAUUACCAUUCCAUCGAAUCUUAAACCGACUAAAAAUAUUGAAUCUCGGAAUAUUUUGGAUCAAGAUGAAUAAAGUUUUGUUGGAGCUAAUUUUGGUUACAUAAUUCGACGAC